AAAAAUAAAAAGGAUAAUAAGAAAAAGUGUUGAAGAAUUUUUAAGAUACAAAAAAAAAUCAAUGAAAAAAAUAUUACAAUGCACGUACAUUGUAAAGUGGUGAUAUAGAAAAAAAUUAAAGAUAAAAAAAAUAAUUGCGAGACAUUGAAAAAAAAAUACUUUAAAAAAAAUACAAAAGAAGAAUAAUGUUGACUAUGGAAUCUGACAUGAAAGGGGGAAUUUUACACGCGACAAUGCCCCCACAUCACCCGUCAUCUUUGCAUUCGCACGGCUACGGAAGUCUCGGGCCCCUGUCGAUGAUGAACUUGGGCCAGCACCAACAACAACACUUAAGUCACACAAAUAACUACCAUUCGCCGCACCAAGCGGGCAUCAGCCCCGGCAAUUCUGUCGUGCAAAAUACUUCGCCAUCCGGCAUCCCAUCCCAUCACAUUUCCUCGAGUACGGGACACGGGCAUGGCGGGCACGGAGGGCAUCAUAUGAGUGGCAUGAACAAUAAUAACAACAACACAUCCGCCAGCAAGGCAGCUGCUCAAGCAGCAGCGGAUCGCGUCAAACGUCCCAUGAACGCGUUCAUGGUUUGGUCACGAGGGCAACGCCGCAAAAUGGCUUCGGACAAUCCAAAGAUGCACAAUUCCGAGAUUAGUAAACGACUGGGAGCGCAAUGGAAAGAUCUCAGUGAAACGGAAAAGAGACCAUUUAUUGACGAGGCAAAACGUUUAAGAGCCGUUCACAUGAAGGAGCAUCCCGAUUACAAAUAUAGACCACGACGAAAAACCAAAACGCUGACAAAGAACAAGGAAAAGUAUCCGAUGGGUGUUGGAGGUUUGUUGCAAACGGGCGAAUCGACACAAAGCACAGGCGGUUCGACGCGUAACUCGUCGUCGCAUGCCAGCUCGGGAGCCCAAAGUACGGGCAGUAAUCGCGAUAUGUAUCAAAUGCCACCGAACGGAUACAUGCCAAAUGGGUAUAUGAUGCAUGAUCCGUCUUCGGCAGCAGCGUACCAAAGUCAACAGCAUGCCGCUGCCUACAUGAGCAAUUAUCCUCGCUACGACAUGAGUCAAAUGCAUUCGGGCAGUGCCGGGAGUCUCAAUACUUAUAUGAAUGCGGCGGCAGGUUAUGGCAUGUAUGGCACAGUUUCCGGUGGUCAAACGUCGCCCUAUAGUUUGCAUCAGGCGCCCAGUUCUCCGUACAACAGCUCGAGCGGCGUACAACAACAAGCACCUGGAUCACCAUAUGGCCUCAAUCAACAGUCCUGCCAAAGUCACAGUCCCAGUGAUUCCAGCGUGAAAUCCGAACCGGUAUCGCCGAGUCCCACAAACAACAAUCUCCUCAAGCAGCGCGAUUAUGUGCAGCAGCAGCAGCAACAACAAGUUGUUCAGCCAGCGGGCGGCGAUCUGAAUCACUUGAUUAACAUGUAUGGCGUCCCGGAGGGCAUGCAGCAAGAACACCAACGCAAUCUUAUGCAUCACUACCAGCAAAGUGUGUCGCCCGAACUGCAUCAGCAACAACAAAACCUACGGACAAUGGCACCCCUAACGCACAUGUGAGACCUCAAUGAACAUCACAACUACAUGAACAAUAGCGCUUCGAAUCUUCAUCCCUCUUCGAGACUCAUGCAACUUGAAAAUAACUUAAUUAUGGACAUUUCGACAUCCUUAUAACUAUUCCGUAUUCCAAAAAGUAAUUAAACAAAAAAUUCAUGAAAAAGUGCUCUGAAACAUUUUUCCUUUUUUUGAAAAGUUAUUUUUGGGGAUAGAAGUGUGAUCAAAUGAAUUAUCAAAAAAAAAAAAAAAAAAUAUGAAAAAAAAUUUUUGAAAAUAUUUUGUAAAAAAAAGUAAAGUGACUCGAAGUUACAAAAGACGACGAACCUCGAAGUCCGCCAUCAUCAACACCAUUAAAAGUUGGUAUUUGAACUGAUUUUUGUA